AUGUCUGCCGAAGCUACCCCCGCCGUUACCACUGCGGCCGAGGCGCCCAAGACGCCUCUCGCCAAGCUCACGGCUCGCGUCGCCGAAAUCACCACCAAGGUCGACUACAAGGAGAUGUGGGGUGUCCAGCUCGACGGCUCCUCCGAGAACAUCCCCAGCCAAGUCGUCCUCCAAAAGUUUCUGCGCGCCAACAGCAACAAUGCCGAGGCUGCCGAGAAGCAGCUCGUCUCGGCCCUUGAGUGGCGCAAGAAGAUGCAGCCCGUCAGCCUUGUUGAUCAGCAGUUCGACAAGACCAAAUUCGCCGACCUGGGCUAUGUCACGAUUCACAGGGACGACGCGGGCAAGGAGACGGUCAUUACUUGGAACAUUUACGGGGCCGUAAAGGACAACAAGGCCACCUUUGGAAACGUUGACGAGUUCAUUAGGUGGCGCGCUGCCCUCAUGGAGCUCAGCGUCCAGAAGCUCAAGCUCAACGAAGUCAAGGAGCUCAUCCCGGAGGGCGGUCAGGAUCCCUACCAGAUGAUCCAGGUGCACGACUACCUCAACGUUAGCUUCUUCCGCAUGGACCCCGCCGUCAAGGCCGCCAGCAAGGAGACUAUCCAGACCUUCUCCAUGGCCUACCCCGAGCUUCUCGCUCACAAGUACUUUGUCAACGUGCCCUUCAUCAUGGGCUGGAUGUUUGGCGCCAUGAAGCUCUUCCUCGCCCCCGCCACCCUGCGCAAGUUCCAUCCCAUGACCUCCGGCACCACCCUCGCCUCAGAGCUGCCCACCAUUGUCGCCACGCUUCCGAGCGAGUACGGCGGCAAGGGCCCCAGCGUCAAGGAAUGUGGCCAGCAGUUGGCGUUUGUGGACGCUGCUCCUGCGGCAGACAAGACUGAGCCUGUCACGGUGGAGGAGCCUACUCCUACCACCGCAGCCCCCGCGGCAACUGCUGAGGAUACGCCCGUCGCUGAGCCUGCUCCCGCUAAGCCUGCUCCCGCUGAGGCUGCUCUCGCUGAAGCGGACAAGACGGAGCCUGCUUCUGCCCAGGCUGAAGAGGCUGCCCCGACCCCGGCCGCCGCUCCCGAGACCACCACCGAGACUGUUGCUGAUAAGACCGCUGCUUAA